AUGCAUUCGAGCCACGCCGAUGACCCCAAGGAAGCCAUACAGCUGAUCAAGAAGCAGCUGGUGAACGCCAUCAAGGCACUGCAGAAGCAGUACGUGACCUCAGAUGCCGUUGUAACCAGCGAUGAUGGGAAUGCCAACACCCUCUGCAGCGCCCUGGAAGCUGUCUUUGUGCACGGGCUGAAGGCAAAGCACAUCAAGACAGAGAGUGGGGGGAAAGGGAAGAAAACAGGGAGCCGGGCACCACUUCCCCAACCGGUCUUCUGGGGUCUGCUGAAGAGCAUCACCCACCGAAAUAUCGUCUCCGAGCUGGAACAACUCAUUUUUAUCAACACGGACGUGGGCCGCUGCCGGGCCUGGCUGCGACUGGCUCUCAACGAUGGCCUCAUGGAGUGUUACUUGAAGCUGCUGCUGCGGGAGAAGUCUCCACUGCCUGAAUACUACCAAAGCACUGCUCUGCUCUUAGAUGCUGAAGAGUGCGAGUUUCUCCUUUGCUACUUGCAGGGUUUAACAUCCUUAACCUUUGAGCUCUCCUAUAAAUCAGCAGUUCUGAAUGAGUGGACUAUCACCCCUCUGUCCCUGUCAGGUCUGUGUCCUGUUUCAGAGCUGCUGGAGCCCCUCACGUCCUCAACAUCCGAACCCCACAGAAAAGCAUCGCUGGGUUCCAUCUCCCAGUCAUCAGGAUCGGAUGAGAUCGAGAUUCAACCCUCUGUCCUCCCCAUCAGCAAAGCCAGCAGCAAAAUUAAGCUCACGUCAUCGUCGUUGAGCCUCAACACCACCAGCUCAUCCCAGCUCUCCUCCAGCCUGGGCUCCGACAGCAUCCUUCCGGCCCACUGUGCCCGCAGCCCUGAGCGAGGUGAGGAGCCGCUGUCCUGCGACUCCGACCUGGGCACGGCCACCGCCGAGGACCUGGACCGGUCACUGCAGGAGGUGCUGUCCGAGUUCAGCAAAGCCAAGCCAAGCCAGGAAGCCCCGGAGGGACAGCCGGUCCCCAGCGUGCUGGGCUGCUCCCCACUGCCACCUGCCUGCCCCACAGCCAUGUCACCCACCCUCCUGGCACUGCCCCAUGGAGUUCACCAGCAGCUACCCCCCACCACGGACAGUCCAGGCUCUGCUGGGAUGGGUGAUGUGGUGACCACUGGUGAUGGAGGUGGAGAUGGAGCGCAGGCAGCCAGUGUUCCAGCCACACGGCGUGGUAGGCCCAGCAGAGAAGAGCCAGGCGGGAGCAGCACAGGCAGCAGCAGUGAGGCAAACCAGGCAGUCUGCAGCCCAACAGCCGAAUACCUCCUUUCCCCACUGCUGGGUUGUCCGAAAAGGAAGAGCUGGAUCUCAGAAGAUGAUUUCUACAGACCUUCCCCAGGAGAAAGCAGUGAAACCACAGCCAACACCAACAGCUUUGGCCCGGAGGGGGCUGGUGAGGGCCCUGCCCCAGGACUCAUCAGUGCUCUUGACUUGGAACGGCUCUCGGUGCCGUCCUCGGAGAGUGGGAAGCCCAAAGCAUCAUCUGAACGGGAGCAAAAGGGCUUCAGCGUGGUGCACCGCAGGCAGAUGGGGCUUUCCAACCCCUUCCGAGGGCUUCUGAAGCUGGGCACCCUGGAGCGGAGAGGAGCCAUGGGGAUAUGGAAGGAGUUUUCCUGCGAGCUGUCACCACUGGAGCUCCGGCUCCUCCUGGACCACGAGGACCGUAUCUGUGUCGAGAGCUACUCCCUGCUGCGGUGCGAGGCGCUGGCGCUGACGCACUCGGACGGGCGGUUUGAGCUGGUGUUCCUGGGGAAGAAGCUCUACCUCCGAGCUCCUUCUCGAGACGAGGCCGAGGACUGGUUGGACAGGAUCCGCGAGGCGCUGCACAAGUGCCGGCCUCAGCUGGAGGAGGAGCAAUGGGAGACACUGGAGUAUCCAGAAGAUGCUGGUGAAGGCCAGCCCGUGCAGAGCGACUCCACUGCUCUUCUCCAGUACAGUGACGUGCCUGCAGACAGCUUUGACUGGACCCCAGCCCAUGAACCAGAGCUAGAUGCAAUAAAAGAGGCUGUUCUGUACGUGGACGUAGACAAAACCUGGGUCCCUUUUAUUUUUUCCCUGUCUCUAGAAACUUUAAAGUGCUUUAAAGUCAGGAACAGUGACAAAAUUUUGAGCAACAGUUAUGGCAUAGAGACCAUCCAGGACAUCCUGCCAGACACAAGCCUUGGAGGACCUGCCUUCUUCAAGGUAAUCACCUCCAAAGCUGUCCUGAAGCUGCAGGCUGAGAAUGCAGAAGAAGCAGCCUCGUGGAGGGAGCUGGUCCGAGCAGUGCUCAUGUCCUACCUGGAGAGUGCAGAGGAGGCUCUGACGCUGGGUGGCAGCUUGGACGGGCACUCCCAAGUUGUCCUGAAGAACAUCGUGAAGGAAAACGGCUUCUUGUUGCAAUACCUGGUGGCCAUCCCCAUGGAGAAGGGCCUGGACUCUCAGAGCUUCAUCUGUGCAGGCUGCUCCAGGCAGAUCGGCUUCUCCUUCGCCAAGCCCAAACUCUGCGCCUUCUCUGGUCUCUACUACUGUGACAGUUGCCACCGGGAUGAUGAGACAGUGAUUCCCUCACGCCUCAUCCACAACUGGGACCUGGCAAAGCGAGGGGUUUGCCAGCAGGCUUUCAAGUUCCUCAGCCAGAUCCGUAACCAGCCACUGAUCGACCUGAAGUUGGUCAACGAGAGCCUCUACGACCACGUGGAGAGGAUGGGACGGAUCCUCCGGAGCAGGGAGCAGCUGAAGCUGCUGGGGGAUUAUCUCAUCAUGUGCCGCAGCGGGGCCCUGAAGGAGCUGAGCAAGCGGCUUGAUCACAGGCACUACCUCUUAGAGUAUCCCCACAAAUACAGCAUCGCUGACCUGAGGCAGAUAGCUGAUGGUGUCUUUGAGACCUUCCUGCAGUCUCUGCUCCAGUUCGCUUCCCACCACGUCUACAACUGCGACCUGUGCACCCAGCGCGGCUUCAUCUGCCAGAUCUGCAACAGCAGCGACAUCAUCUUCCCCUUUGAAUUUGACACUACCACCAGGUGCAGUGAAUGCAAAACCGUUUUCCACCGGGAAUGCCAAGCGAGCGCCAGGUCAUGCCCGCGCUGUGAGCGCCGGCGGAGGUACCAGCGGGAGCUGGAGGCAGAGGCCUGUGCAGAGCCAAGUCUUUAG